ACACUGUCACCACACUCAGCGACAGGUCAUUGCAGUGAAUUCUUAUCAACAUGGUACUUCUCUAGUACUGGAUUCUGCUGCUGCCAUCAUGCCCUGUUUAGGCAGUCGACACUGUCACCACACUUGAUGCCGUCAAAACAGGCCAGCUACAAGUCCCACAGACUGGAGUCUGGUCUAUCUGAAGGAUGGGGAAUGUGAUGCGAGGCGUGAGUGCCACAGACAAGGUCAACAAAGACAACCAUGACAGCUCUUUAAAAGGUUCAGAGGACGACAUGGUGGUAGUGCUUCAGGACUACCCGUCGCCUGAAAUCAGCGAGCCCAUCUACAGGAUGGGGGAGAAGCUCAGACUCAUUGCUCAGGAGGCUUACUGGUGGAGAGUGCGCUCUGUUCAAACACAAAAGGAGAACUACAUACCCAGCAGCCAUGUGGCAAAAGUUUACCAUGGUUGGCUCUUUGAGGGGGUGGAGAGGCAGAAGGCCGAGGAGCUGCUCAGUCUACCUGUGAACAGAGUCGGCUCCUUCCUGGUACGGGAGAGCACCAGGGAGAGAGGUCUGUAUUCGCUCUCAGUGAAGCACCGGAUCAUAAAGCACUAUCGUAUCUUCAGACUGGACAACAGCUGGUACUACAUCUCCCCUCGCCUCACUUUCCAGUGCCUUGAAGAUAUGAUCAACCACUACUGUGACUUUGCAGAUGGCUUAUGUUGUACAUUAACCUCUCCCUGUCUGUCGGGCGUGACCCCACCAUCGGACGCAGCUCCUAUAGCUCCACCUGUCGUCAUGCGACGCAAUUUUGACUGGGGGAAAAUAGACAGAAACCAGCUGGUCAGCACAGACAGCUGCAAUGACAACAUGGUGAGCUACGGAGUCAGGAACAGCAUCGCCGCCUACCUGUCCUUUUCUGCGAGUAAAGACCCCGCGCAGACGAGAGCGGAGAGCAGGAAGAAAAAGAGCAAAUCUGUUUAUGCUGUCCCUGAAAACAGCCUUGGAACCAUUGACUAUGAGGAUGACUUCUAGAGACAUCAGCAGGGUUCAAAAAGACUGGAAUACCUUCAAGUGGAGGGCAGUAGAGGGCAUCCUUCUCUCGGAUCCACACCAUUUCUAAUGUCGGCAGUGAACCGACAUCCAUGCCAAGCAUCCCAAACAUCAAAGUGCUCUAUACCUUCUAAUGUGAGCACUUUGGAGUUCUUGAACAAUAAUGCAAAUUGCAUGACCCCUCACACUUUGACUCAGCCGAUGAGACAGAGCUUAAUGGAGUUGAACUGGACAAUAGUGCAAUUGAACUGUGAUGUGUAUUCUGCACAUGAGCCUACAAUACAAACAACUGGCAUUAUGAUAGCAUGAAAGAGGCUUGAACGCUACGGGUAUUGUUGGGUAAUAUUAAUACGUAAUUGAUUAUUAUUAGUGGCUUUCAAACUAUCUUCCUGUGUUCUUCACAUAGAAAUAUGGUUCUUAAUAAAUAUUUUAUGGUAAAGUGGCUUAAACAUGCAUUCAAUCACUUUGAAAUAUUUUCACCUAAUUAUAGUGGAAACAGACAUGUUUUUAGCUUUAACUUAUCAUUAUAAAGUCAGUGUUGAUUGCACAAUGCCAUGGCGAUACAGUAGAAUAAUGACACCAUCAGCAUUUAGAUUGCUUCCCUAUAAGCCUUGCUGUCUCUAUACAAUCCUCGCUGCCACUGGGUACAACCUCCCAGUAAAAUGGAGGCUUGAUUGACGGCACAAAGGAAGUGCGUCAACCACUGCACAACCAAAACAGGAAGAGGAUGGGGCUUUUUGUUUUCCCUGGUGGUUAUCGCUAGCCAUCAUUUACCAAAGAUAAUCAGUUUUUUGCAGUUAUCAUCCCCAGAGCAGAAAUGGCAGACAGUGGAACGACUCAAGUAGAUAUGGAAACUGUAGUUGUUGCGGAGGGAAACGGAAAGCGAUCCAGUUGUCUUUGCGACAGAAGCACCAACAAUAGUACCAUUUGGAAAUGCUUGGGGGAAAAGUUGAUAAGUUGCCUGUGUCCACUUUAAGUUCGUAUGGAAAAUGUGUCUUAAUCCAGUGGAUAUGGAGCAACAUUAGCAACAUUUGUUUGUGUCAACCUGAUAAGUCCAAUAUUUACUCUGUUCUAUCUCUGUUUUGGUCUCCACCAACUCCUAUGGGAAAUAUUUGGCUCUUUUGCUGCUGAAUGCUUCACUGUGUCCACCAGCUGGUCACUAAUUUUGUCUUUUAGCCGUUUGCUGGGCAUGGGCACAGUGUUAUUAAGUUUAAAUCAAUCAUUCAUAUGUUUGACAAAAAUACUGAAGCCAACAUCAGCAUUUGUGCAUAACUGUUGUAGGCUAUUGUUGCCUUAAACCUCCAUUCUUUCUAAUGGCCAACAGGGGGCGACUCCACUGGUUGCAAAAAUAUCAGAUUGUACAGAUGUCUCGGACAAAUUACGCUACGCUGACUUGAUUUAUUACUUCAGUUAACAUUUUCUUAACAAGUUUAUGGUCAAUCGCUAGCUACAAGUCUUCUUCAAUACAGCAAGAUGUUCAUAUAGUAAAUUAUGGUCCCAUAGAGGAAAAUAGACGAUAAAGCAGGUACAUUUUAGGGCGUGGCUAUCUUGUGAUUGACAAGUUGUUGUCAUGGCAGUGUCCUCGAGUUUCUCAGUCCCAUCCACUGCUCGCUCCUUCACAGCUCCAUCCUCUUAUCCAAAUAUGGUUGCUUCUGGUUCCAAAAAAAAAACCAAGAUGGCGACGACCAAAAUGCAAAACUGGAGGCUUCAGAAUGUGGUCCACAAACCAACGAGGUGACGUCAUGGUGGAUAAAUCAACUUCUAUACAAUCUGAAGUAAUGGUCAUGAUCUACUAUUGUUCACUUUGUGUGUGAGAUCUGCCAUCUUGCACUGAAGCAUGUCAGUAUUUUUUUGUAUUAAGGAACCUUUUGUGAUUUUUUUUAACAGAAUCCAGAGUUAUAAUCUACACUGAUUAAAAUGGGCAAAAGCUCUG